AAUGCCCAAACAUUCGCGAUUCAAUGGCAAAUGCAGCCCGGAAAAGGAGGAGCAGCUGCGCGACCAGAUCCACAAGGAGUUGACCAAAGCCAGGUACUGCGCCAACCCGACAUACAAGUGCAGCUUGGUGCGCAUUGAAGGGUACAAGUUUUGCAUUCGCCACAUUCUUUGGGAUCCACUUGCUCCCUUCCGUCGGUGCGCGUUCGAGUACUUGAACAGACGGCAGUGCAUAAACGCGGUGCCCAAGUAUGAUGCCAGGAAGAAGGAGAUACUGACGCCACUUUGCUUUGAGCACAAUCGUCAGCUUCAGAUGCGCAAGGCUCGGAUGACCUUGGGCUGUUUUCGGUCUGGCGUAGAGACCAAUGAGACGUUGCUCAAUAGUCUUGCUCAUCACUUGAAUGUGAAGGAGCCCGAGGCUCCGAAGCCCGUGGACAAUAAAGAUGAAGACGAUGAUGUGAUUGAUGUUGUGUCACCGCAAGUGACGCCUUUUCUGCCCCAAGAAUAUCGCAACAGUGUGGAGAAUGUUGCAGGAGCGGUGGUUUCACGCAAGCGCAUUAUGGAAUAUGCAUCCGAUAUUUCGAGCGAUGAUGAGGACCCGCCUUGUGCACGGAACACCCUACCAGAUGUCGAAUUUGAUGAGUCUGAUUAUGAAAGCAUCGACUCCGACUACGAUGAUCCUCUAAAACACGGCGGCGUCUACACUCGUCCCGAGGCCGUGAAGAACACUCUAAGAAAAGUGGAGAAACUUCAGACUCUGUACGGCGAGGAGCUCAAGUUUUUGGCACGCCACAUGAGGAAGCGACGGCGCCAGUACUUAAUUGACUUACGCAAAGAACAGGAAACCUACUGCAGCAUUUUGGAUCAGGCUAAGAAAUCACCGCACGAGCUGAAGCUCUACCAAAAGCUGAGGGCUCUCAACAGCUAUCAUCGUCGCCAGGGUAAAGAGGCGUAUUUCUACAAGAGAUACAGAGAGAAACGCGACCAGUCCAAGCACGACUACGUGCGCAAGACUUUCUACGUCUCAAAGUGCAUUUUCAAUUUGUACGGCCAUCAGUGUGGACUGCCAGCGAUACAGUCCACCAAGCACUGCCGCAGGCAUAUUCUAUCGGAUAGACGCCAGAUGAUAUUCCGCGAUUGCGGUGAGGAACGCAACGGCAAUGUCUGCCAGGAUCCUGUCUGGGACCUGGGGAACGAGACAUGUGAGCUACAUAGGUCCCUGGAGCCGCCUAGGAAGCAGUAUAAGCAAAAGUUCUAUGAGCCACCGAUUAAUGCACCAGCAGAAAGUAUUUUUGCCCCACGUUCCACUGUCGAUCGUUUUGUACUUAAUCAGACGUGGACUGAACCGACCCCAGCGGGUCAAAAUAUCACGGAUACCUCGUCUGCUGCAUUUGACUAUGAUGUCGAUACGCUAUCAGGACUUUCAAACUUUAUAGCCAAUGAGUUUCUUGAUGUGGGUAAUGAAGUAACCGUAGGUCUUGAAAAUGUCAGUCAAGAUACAGAAGCUACUGAUCAAGGCAAUAUCGCAAUUGGACAGGAUUUAGACCAGUCCGUAAUUCUAUCAACUGUUGGUGAAGCCAACAACAGUCUCAGUGAUAUUAUGAAAAUGCUCGAGGGCAUCGAAAGUGCCCCUUGGUUUGAGUCCACAAUGAACGACUUAUAAAGUAACCAUGCAUAAAUCUGGAGACGCCGGCCUUAUACAGAAACAGACUGCCGAUCAACUUCUCAAGGAUCUUGCCGC